AGGCAGCGCGCGCUUCGCCUUGCACUUCCGCCGCCCUCCACCAAUGGGAGCGCCGGCUCACCUAACCUAACCUGCAGCCGGGGGCCCUGUGGGUCACAACCACAAAGCAAGCAGCGAAGCAACGGCAACUCGCCAAUUUCGCCCUUCCAGCUCCUCCAACAACCAUGAGUGUAUGCCUUCUGUGCAGGCGACUGACGCGUAGCAAGCUCGACGCACUGCUCCGAGCGGCCUGUAAGUUGUCAUCACAGUCGUCGUCCGCAAGAGCAGAUUCAGCCCCCGCAGCAUCCACCCCGGCAGUGGACGAGGAGACUGUCAAGCACCUGGAGAGGCUUUCCCUGGUCGACUUCGCCAACAAAAGGGGCGUUGCUCGCCUGGAGGAAGCCAUUCGGUUCGCCAACAGACUCGAUGAAGUUGACACCACAGACGUGGAGCCUCUAGUCUCUGUUCUGGAGGAUGAGGUUCUUUAUUUAAGAGAGGACAAAGUGACUGAGAAGAACGAUGUGAAGGUCGUUUUGUCAACUGCAGUCGUAACGGAGGAAGACUUCUACGUUGCCCCACCAGGAAACAUUCCGCUUGUUGUUCGAGAUCUCUCAGAGUUGAAGUAGACUGCUUUUAAUUAACUUAGGUUU